GAGUGUGUCGUCUUCAAAACGAGUGGAGGAAGAGUGACAGAAGUUGCUCUUUUGUUCGAUUCACUACAGUCUGUGGGUACACACACCAACUAAACCGUGUCCCACAUCAUUAACGCCGGUAUUAAUUUCUGUCCGUGCGGUUCUUCGCGCUGAUAUCUGCUGAUAAAGCUGGUCAGAGCUGUUGGUCAUGUCCAAAUCAUCGAGAUGGGACUCGGCCGAAAACGAGUCAAAACACCUGCCGAUCUACCGGCACAAAGCCAAGCUGGUUCAGGCUGUGGAAGGCAGCACUUUUCUGGUUGUCACCGGCGAGACUGGCAGCGGGAAAACCACACAGCUUCCACAGUACCUGCAUCAAGCAGGUAUGUGUAGAAAUGGCAAAAUUGGCAUCACCCAGCCCCGCCGGGUGGCUGCCAUCACGGUGGCCCAGAGGGUAGCCCAGGAGAUGCAGUGCACUCUGGGUAGAGAGGUUGGCUACCAAGUGCGCUUUGAUGACUGCACAUCACAGGACACUGUGGUGAAGUACAUGACGGACGGCUGUUUGCUCAGGGAAAUCCUGGCAGACCCUGUACUUUCUCAGUACAGUGUUGUAAUCUUGGAUGAAGUGCAUGAACGCAGCCUCAACACGGAUAUUCUCCUGGGUUUAUUGAAGAAGAUGUUUUCCGACCCUGCCAAGUCCACCAAGGGCAGAUCUUUCCCUCUGAAGGUGGUGGUGAUGUCCGCCACCUUGGAAACUGACAAACUUUCAGCCUUUCUCGGCGGCUGUCCUGUCUUUGCUAUUCCCGGGAGGACUUUUCCUGUCACCUGCACAUUUGGCACUGCUGUAGGGCCUAAAGACAUAGAGAGCACUGGCUAUGUAAAAGAGGUCGUCAGAAUGGCCCUUGAUGUGCACACCAGUGAACUGGCUGGGGAUAUUCUUGUGUUUUUGACAGGUCAGUCAGAGAUUGAGCGUGCCUGUGACUUGCUGUUUGAGAAAGCUGAGUCUAUAGACUACCGCUACGAUGUCCAGGACCAAACCGUGGAGGGCCUCCUUAUUUUGCCCCUCUAUGGAUCCAUGCCCACUGAUCAACAGAGGCAGAUAUUUCAGCCUGCACCCUCCAGAAUCAGGAAGUGUGUAGUGGCCACUAACAUCGCAGCUACAUCUCUCACCAUCAAUGGCAUAAAGUACAUCAUUGACAGCGGGUUUGUGAAGCAGCUCAACCACAACUCCAGGGUGGGCAUGGAUAUCUUGGAGGUGGUGCCCAUAUCAAAGAGCGAGGCUGAGCAGAGAGCGGGCCGAGCUGGAAGGACCUCAGCUGGGAAAUGUUUUCGAAUCUACACCAAGGAAUUCUGGGAGAAGAGCAUGCCCGAGUAUACAGUUCCAGAAAUCCAGAGGACGAGUCUGACUGCGGUGGUACUCACACUCAAGUGCCUGGGCGUUCAUGAUGUCAUAAGGUUCCCUUAUCUGGACUGUCCAGAGGAACGGUUUCUUCUCGAGGCCUUAAAACAGCUCUACCAAUUUGACGCCAUCGACAGGAGAGGUAAAGUGACCCAGCUGGGGGAGCUGAUGGUGGAGUUCCCCCUGCAACCAGGCCUUACCAGGGCUGUGCUCAAAGCCUCUUCACUCGGCUGUCAGGACCUGCUGCUCCCCCUGGCCGCCAUGCUGUCUGUGGAGAACAUUUUCAUCAGGCCAGGAAACCCUGAGAAGCAGAAAGAGGCAGAUAAAAAGCACAGAGCACUGGCUACCAAGAGCGGUGGCAUGAACGACUUUGUCACGCUCCUCACUGUGUUUCAGUUGUGUAAAUCCAGUGACAGACCCUCAGCGUGGUGUAAAGAUAAUUGGAUCCACUGGAGGGCGCUGAAGUCAGCCUUCAGUGUGGAGACUCAGCUGCGAGAGAUACUCCUCCGCCUCCAGCAGAAGAGAGAUUUCCCUGUGGAAACAUUCGAUGGCAAUAAGAGUGAACUCUUCAGGCGAUGCCUGUGCACAGGAUACUUCACCAACGUUGCCAGAAGGUCGAUUGGUAAGGUGUUUUGCACAAUGGAUGGCAAUGGAUCCAUGGUUAACAUUCAUCCAUCAUCAUCGCUGUUUGACCAGGAGGCUGAGCUCAACUGGGUCAUCUUCCACGAUGUGCUGGUGACCUCACGGGUGUAUAUCAGGACCGUGUGCCCAAUUCGUUAUGAAUGGGUGAAGGACCUGUUACCUAAACUCCAUGAGGUUGACGUCUAUGAACUGAGUAGCGUGGCGAGACAAGAAGUGACCGAUGAAGAGAUGACAAAGUGGGAGACCAGGGAAGCAGCCAAAAGGCAACCAGAGGUUUCUUCUGAGGAUAUUGUGAAGAAGCUGGAGAAGCGCAACAACGAAACCAGUGUAAGCGACGCUCGCGCUCGCUACCUACAACGAAAGCAACAGAGGCAGCAGAGUAAAGCUCUUUGAAAGAUCGGUCACUCACUCAAUGUAUCACAAAGAAGCAUUUUUGUAAAUACCUGAACAAUAAACCUUUAUUACGUUUACAAUAA